CGACGGCCCGUGACUCGUGAGUCGUGCGUGACUGUCUGCUAUAAACAAAAUUACAAAAGUUGUAACUUUGAGAGGACACAUGUCUAGAAUUAAAUUAGAAAAAUAGGGAUUUUAGGAAUGGAAAAUAUGUAGAUAAUGGGAAGAACAUAUUAUUAGUAUAUGACAGUUAGCGGUCCGUAUUUACCAAAUUUCAAUAGCAUUUAUUUGAUAAGUAAUUAUGUGUGAUGACAUAUUAAUACUUCUUAUGAUUUGCAGGUGAAAUUUGUCUAUACAAUUGAAGAAUGAGUGCGUUAUUCUUUUAAAAGGUUGUACUGUAACAAUGGCAGACAAUCGAACACUGGGAGUGUGGGACUAUGUGGUGCUCAUUAUUACGCUUCUAGUUUCCUUGGGAAUCGGUUUAUAUUUUCGCUGUACUGGAGGAAAACAAAAAACUGCAAAGGAAUACCUGCUUGGAGAUCGUAACCAGAGUGUACUGCCUGUGGCAAUUUCUCUCAUGGCUAGUGUCAUGUCAGCCGUCACUCUGCUGGGUGUCUCUGGAGAGGUUUACAUGUAUGGAACCAUCUUCCUCACUAUUAUCAUCUCGUACAUUCUGUUCACUGCCGUUGCCGCUUACUUGUAUCUGCCUGUUUUCUUUAAGCUGCAAGCCACGUCUGCAUAUGAGUACUUGGAGCGGAGGUUUAGUCCCAGAGUGCGCAUUGCAGCAUCUGUCCUCUACACUCUGCAGAUGGUCCUGUACAUGGGUAUUGUGCUGUAUGCCCCUACCAUAGCUCUGGAGGCUCUGACAGGCCUGUCUCGCAACACCUCCACCCUGGUUGUUGGCGCUGUCUGCACUGUGUACUCAACCAUUGGCGGAAUCAAAGCUGUCAUCUGGACUGAUGUCUUCCAAGCUGGAUUGAUGUAUGCAGCUCUCUUCAGUGUUAUCGGUGUGGCAGCCUGGGAUCAGGGGGGAUUGUUACCAAUCUGGAGGAUAGCUGAAAAUCAUGGCAGGAUACAGUUUUUUGACUUCACUCCAGACCCCACUGUAAGACACACCACAUGGGCACUGUUCUUUGGCGGCGGCUUCACGUUUCUAUCAGUGUACGCAGUGAACCAGAACCAAGUCCAAAGGUAUAUGACCAUGAAGGACCACAAGACAGCAGUACGCUCGCUCUGGUUCUCUCUAGCAUUCUUGUACCUGCUGCUUCUUACCUGUGGCUUUGCAGGACUGUGCAUCUUCUCCGCUUACUACACAUGUGACCCUGUCAAAAACGGCCGGAUAUCCAGUCUGGAUCAGCUGAUGCCUCUGUUCGUAAUAGACAAGAUGGGACAGGUCCCCGGACUCCCUGGUUUGUUUACGGCCGGAAUAUUUUCUGCCUCUCUGAGCACAGUGUCAUCUUGUGUCAACUCCUUGGCUGCUGUAACUGUAGAGGACUAUCUAAAGCCGUUGCUGCCCAGUAUAAAAGCCACAGGAUCCACAGCUCUCACGAAGAGCCUGGUAUUGUUGUAUGGCCUGGCCUGUCUGGGAGUGGGGUUCUUGGCUCAGUAUAUCGGAGGCUUGCUCCAAGCGGGUCUCAGCAUCAUGGGCAUUGCAGGAGGACCCCUCCUCGGCACCUUCACACUGGGCAUGUUUCUACCCGCCGCCAAUGAACCGGGAGCAUUGGCUGGGAUAUUGUCAGGUAUAAUAUCAUCUGCUUGGAUCGGAUUCGGACAACCAAAGCCCAAACCCACUCCCCUCCCCCUCUCCACUGCUAGCUGCCUCAACAUGACAACUGCACUGCCUACCACUGUUCCGACAAAUGUGCACUACCCAUACAUGUACAGACUGAGCUACCUUCUGUAUGUUGUGAUCGGCUGUUGUAUCACCCUCGUUGUGGGUUGUCUAGUCAGCAGGUUGGCAGUGUCUCUAGGUUACCGAUCUCCUCAUUCUGUCAGCCCCGAUCUCUUGACUCCUAUUGUUGCCAAAUGCCUGCGGGAACCACAUUCUACUAAUGAUGUGGAAUUACAACAAACCAUGUUGAAGGAGCCCCAGGAGACCAAGAAGUUAGUAGAAGACUGACACUGUAACCAUUGUGAUAUUUAUCUUAUAGGUGCUAGUACUAUUUUACAGUAUUGUUUACUGUGUAAAUUUUGUUAUUCUCUUAUUUUUUAAGAGUAUUUGUUAUAGAGAUGUUUAUUAAUUUUAUAUGUUCGUUUUGCAUUUGAAAAUCUUUAUUAUCCAACAAUGUUGGUCUAAUGCUGUUGAAUAAAAAAUCAAUAUUAAAAAAAGA